AUUCAGUACGUUGUCAGCUUUUGUGCAGAGUGGUUUGUUCGUCGAUGUUCUGAGCUCGGUGUGUUCUGUUUUGAAGAGUUAUCUACAGAGUGAACGCAAUGUCUGGAUUGUCGUGUUUCUGAUAAGAAAUUAGUUUUGUUUCAUUGUAAUUUUCAAUAUUGCUGAAACGUUGUAAAGUUUGCAGUGGUGCAAAACUUCAUUCAAGUUCGCGGCAAGUUUCGAUAGAAGAAAAAAUCACUGAUAGUGUGCUGAACAUUGUUCACUGCGAAAAAAUACUGAUCUAAAAUCAAACAUGUGUUUGUGUUAGUGUUGUUUUGUAAAAUAAAGCAAGGAGAAAGACUGUUUGCAUGAAAUUAGCCAUGGUACCAAAAAGUAUUCAACUUUAGUAGACUUUUUAUAUCACGUUACGUGCCACUCGAACACAAAAUUCUAAAAAUUGCAAGUACAAAAAUUAGCCGCAAAUUGAGGACUGCAGAUUGCAAGUCUAGUGUGUGUGUGUGAUAAGCCGAAUACUGGACAGUGUGAGUGAAUUCACCUUUCAUUUGCGUGCAUUGGAUUGGACAGAAUUUCGCUACUCGCAGCAGCACAUUACAGUAGGCAAGUGCGAGUGUGCGGUCUGCGAAAACGACGAUCGCUGAUUUUUGCCAGUGGUAUCGAAGGAGUUGGUGAUAAAAAUGUCUGAGUUUUCAGAUUUGUAAACAUCAGACGGAAUCAGUGUGGUAUGACGUGCUCGUGCAUAGGAAGAAAAAUAUACACAAUAGCUUGUUGAUGUGCUGUAUAUUUGCAAAUGGAAUAAAAAAUCAGAAGUGAAAAUAAACGGCAUUAUUUCGGCACGAAACGAAUUACAUAUUUCAAUGGUUCAAGUGGGAGUGAAAAAAUCGAAACUGAAAAUCGAAUCAAAGUAGGGUUAGUGACAAAACUGGAUGUCAUUCAACUCCCGUGUUGCUUGUGUGAAAUUCUUUGAAGAACAAGAUUAUAUCAACUCGUAGCCUACUGCUUACUGGUGCUCUAUUGAAGAAAGUUCGCAUGGCUUGUUCGGUGCAGUCUAUGUUUGUGUUGCAAAAAUCAUGACCGGUAUGCUGUAAUAGAAACCUUUUUGGUGUGAACAUUUUUCGGUAUUACAUUGCGACAAUUGUGGACGUAAGACACAAUCGCCAUCAGCAUCUCGUCGUGGAACUAUUAAUAACGCUCUUCAUGAGGAUGGCACUUCUGUCGAGAAACACCGCUUUUGUUGUAUGUCUGCACUUGUUGAUUCUGUCCUGCCAAUGGGUCAUUAGUAGCAGUGUGCCACCGAUAGCCGGAACUGUUGCCACCGGUGCUGGCGGUGGUAACAGCAGUGAAAAUGUGCUAAUCCAAGUUGAAAGCAGUACGGCUGGAGGAACAGCAGGUUCGACUGGGACCGUCAAGCGAACUUGUGCUAUCGUGCAUCCCAUAUUCGAGCAAAGGGGUUUCAAUACAGCCAACAUGCCAGCUGACCCAGUUACAGAUAGACCUUUACGAUACUGUGAUGUGCCGCCCGGAGGCACCUGUUGUACACACACGAUAGAGAAUAAGCUGGCCGUACACGCCAAAACACUGCUGGAGCGAAACACCAAAGACUCGAUAUCCAAGCUGUCCUCGGUGCUGGGGACUCGAGCGCAAAAAUUCAACGACUUCUUCAAACAGCUCCUCACCGAGUCCAAAGCGGAGUUCCAUGCAAUGUUCAAGAGAACGUACGGAACCAUCUACGAGCAGAAUGCGUACGUUUUUGCCGAUCUGUUUACCGAGCUGGAAAGGUACUAUGCAAACGGCAAAGUGGAUCUGGGCGAAGCAAUGGAUUCGUUCUUCAACGUGCUCUACCAGAAAAUGUUCACCGUGCUCAACUCGCAGUACAGUUUCAACACAAAAUAUCUGGGUUGCGUUAGUGAGCAUAUGAAGGAGCUCAAACCGUUCGGCGAUGUUCCCGAUAAGCUCUCGGUGCAGAUCAAACGGUCCUUCGUGGCGACACGCACCUUUGCCCAAGCCCUGAAUUCAGCUGCCGAAGUAGCCAAGAAUAUGGUGAAUGUACGCUUAACAGCAGAGUGCACGGCAGCAUUGACAAAAAUGAGCACAUGCAAUACUUGUGCGGGGUUCCUAGAAAAGCCAUGCUCGUCCUACUGCGUGAACGUGAUGAAGGGUUGUCUGCAGAACUACCUGGAACUGGACGCCGAAUGGGAUUCGUUCGUGGCCACGAUGGAACGGGUGUCCGAUCGGCUGUUGGGUCCGUUUAACAUUGUGAUGGUCGUUGAACCGAUCAACAUCAAAAUUUCCGAGGCCAUCAUGAACUUUCAGGAAACGGGCCAAGACAUCUCCAAUCGGGUGUUUCAGGGCUGUGGAAAACCAGCCCUCGGUCGCAGGAGAAGAUCCACGAAUUUGGUACCGCUGGUCGAGCCAGAACUCAUUAGGAAUCGACGAGAACUGCGAAGCGAAACGAACGAGAAUCCAAUGGAGGAUGAUAGUGAUAUUUUUAUCUUCGAUGAUGAAGCCACGCCCAGCGAGAGGCAACUUACGAAACGAUCCGCUCAGGACUCAUCUAGCCGGGAGCUCAAGUACGAACCGGUGCAAUUCUCCAACGGAGAAAUCCAGUUUACCAAUAACAAUAGCCCACCUAGUCAUCAUCAAGCACCAAGCGCUAGUCCUAACACAAACCGUAGCAAUAAGAGGAAAAACAACCGGAAGCAGACUGACGACGAAGACAGUACGCGCGAGCCGCUCGACCGGUUGGUGAAGGACAUCCGACAACGGGUGAAAGAUUCCAAACGGUUUUGGUCCAACCUACCAUACAUGCUGUGCAACAAUGAGGAAGUCGCUGCUUCUCCAAGCAGUGAUGGUAACUGUUGGAAUGGACACACCGUAGACCGAUAUCUUCAUGGGAUCGCAUCCGAGUCGGAAAAAAAUCCAGAAUUUCCAAACCGUGCUGCUAACAAUAGGCAGAGCGCAAUUGUACAACAACAGUUGUUCACGUUACGAACGGCCAUCAGUCAGCUAAGGAACGCCUACAAUGGACACGACGUAGAGUGGACUGAUCAAGAGGAUAACUACUACGGCAGUGGGUCCGGCGGUGGAAGCGGCUUCGAUGAAGAAGACGACACCGGUUCGGGACUGGGUCCAUGGGAGGUGACGGACGAUCCUAUUUUGAAAGGUGAUAUCAGCAGAAGUGGUAGCAACAGCGGUGGUGCCGGCAAUAAUGAAAUUAUUGACUCCACGACCAGUCACAAAAAUGUCCCUCCUUCGGUUGAUGGUGGCAGUGGUGGCAGCAGCGGUGGUAGUGGAGGCACUUCGUCUACCGCUGGUAGCGGUAGCAGUUCGCGAGCUCCGGAAAUGUCUAUCACGCGAGCGUUGCUACAAUUCUUCUUGCCCCUGGUGAUCGCGUGGUUCGGCGGAAUAUUCGCCGAUUUGCUGUGAUUUGAUCGAUAAGUAUAGCUGUGUAAUGUGUAUAUUUUCAACCUUAUUGGUUUUUAACUUAUACCGACCAUCCAAAUCGAUUUUGUAUGAUAGGCGAAAUGUGCGAGAAUCUAGAACUCUGCCAUGUGCGAGAUGCAUGCAUGUCUAGAAGAAACAGAUGUGAAUAUAUAUUUAUAGGUAGCCACUUUUUUAAUUUCUAAUAUAACAUGUGUUUGUUGCUGUAACACGAUCCAAUGUGAUGAGAUUCCAUUUUAGGCAGUUGAAUAGUGCAUUUUCAGUCAAUCUGAUGUACGUAAUACGUAACAAAACUCCUAAACCCUACGAUGAUUUUAUUGCCCUUGAUUUCAAUACUACUUAUAUGUGAGCGCCAAAACUUAAGGUCCAGUAUAUGAAUGUCUGUGUUUGGUCCAUUAUCUAUUGUAUGUGUUAGCAGUUAUAAAGCAAACCCCACAGAAUAUAGCAUUUUAUAUACAAUAGUACUUAAUUUUUGUGAUCAUUUGAUUUUUAAAAAUCAAUGGAUUCACUUCAAAUAAGAAACGUUGCCUUUACAAUUAAUCCAUAGAUUCUAUAAUUUUGCAUUUGAACACUAGCAACAUACUUUAAAAUGUAACUGAGAAAUGCCUAGACACCAAUCUCUACUUAGAAUGCUGCGUGUAUUUCGCGUAUAACAUUGAAAGGAUUUAUCAUCAAAAUGUUAGGAAUUCGGAUUUUAAUCCAUAUUUGCCUUCCAACAAAAUGUCCCAAGCAAUGAUGCGACAAUUUGAGAUGACAAAAUUGUCCUUGAAUUUGUUUGAUUUUUCAAGUAGGCAUUACAAAGCCAUUUUAUGUUUGACCCAAGUUCUAGAACGAAUACCAAAAACAUUAGAAUCUCGACUUUAGUACUAUUUGAUAAUAUUAAAUUAUCAUUAGAACAGACAAAUAUGAGUUUCAAAAUUGUAUUGUAUUAUCGGUAUUGCGAAAGAGAUGAAUCAAAAUUCGGCAAUUGCUCAUUUACAUUCUCUUAUGAUUUAUGGGAUCCAAACACAACAUAUCAAGUAGAAUUAUAGCUCCCAGAAGCGAGCGCAGCUGCCUCAGGGUCAACCCAGUGUUCAACGCAAAUGUCCAGCAAUAAUCUGUGCCAGGAUACUUAAUUCCAUAUCUGGACAAUCUGAAGAAAAAAUUAAGGUUUUAAGUUUGUUUUUAUAAUCAUGUUUUCUACUAAAUGCGAAGGAAGGGGUAAAAUUGCGAUUUCAUUAUUAAUAUGUUUAGGCCUUAUUACCACUCUAGUCAAAUUAUAAAUAAUUUAUACCGUCUUCCUUCGCUAUGUAGUCGUUAUUUUCUGUUACAUAUCGGAUCAGUCAUAUCCAAUUCAUGUCGAUGCAUUUUUCCUAACAUUUUCAUGUUUACUUUGCCAACAUAGAUCCACUAAGUAACGCUUUACGUACAGUUAACGACUGUGUAAAUAAUAAUUUGUAAAACCAUUAGCUAGUGUACUGAAAAUAGACGCGAUGGAGUGAAAGUGAAUUAGUAACCGGUGAAACACAUGUUAGUUAUAUUUAUUAACUCUUUUCUGAUUUUUAAAUGAUAUAUGUAUUUUAAUUUAUGUAGUAAAAUAUGUUUAAAUAGCGCUAGAUAUUUCUCCAAAAUAUAGAAAACAUAUUUGCUCUAAUAUGAGUAAAAAAGCAGUCCUUCCAGCUAACAAAAUCUCAUAUAGUUAUGAGUAACGUCUUUAUUUUUGUUCAAACAAAAUAUCGUAAAUCCGUGAAAAUCUAUCUCCUUGUGUCGCGUCAUUCAUGAAUACAGGGGUUCUAGAAAGUUAAGAAAAAUGCGAAUGCGCACAAAGAAGAGUGAAAUGUGAAACGCAUAACAGCCCGGCCAUAGGCUCUAUGCACCGAGCAGAACAGUAUUUGCGAGAAGGCUAAUAAAACAAUAAAUUAAAUUUACCUACAAACCCAUAAUCCUCUCAUAGAAACGCACAUAUGUCAGAGGCGCAAAGCUUUCAUAGAUCAGAACUAACAAUCAUUAAUAAAAAUCAGUUUGAUAGAAAAAAAACAUGUGCAGCACCAGUUGAUACCUUAAGCAUAUAAACAUGAUCCGACUGUUGUCUCUGAGAAGCAAUUUUUCAUUUUGAUGUCCAUCAGUAAAAACAAAUGGCAUGGUGAUACCUAACGUAGAAUAUAAUAAAAUUGUAAACAAAACUGAAGAGUAUUGACUAUAUUGAAAUAUAUACGAAGAACAGAAUAAUAAAAGUAUCAA